AUGGAUUGUAAAAGGACUCAUAUACCACAAGAUACCGUAGUUGUAUCACGUAAAUCAAUAUUUGGCCAAUUUGAUUAUGUUGAAACGGAAGAAAUUAAUAUUAAAGAGAAUAUAGAAAAGAGGCUAUUUGAGAAGUUGCAAGAAGUUGUAACGAUAGAAGACGUCAACCGUAGGAAUGAUGAUGAUAAUCAAUAUAUGCAAGAAAAUCAACAGGAUAUUUUUCUAGAAUCUAAUGAAAUCAAAGAUUAUAACAAACAAGUUGGAAUCAUUAAAGCGAAAGUUGAUGAACUUAAAACUCAAAAGAGUGAAGCAAAAAGGCUCGAACAAAUUAUCGAUACGGUGAUAACUUCGUCGGAAGUGAUUAUGCAAUCAAAAAUUCCAUGGGAGCGUAAUUUUGUAUCACAUAAAGUGUUACAUGUGCCAUAUGAAGAUCCAAAAAAGUCACUUAUAAAAAGGUCGAAAAGGUUAAGUACAACAAAGAAGAAUAAAGCACAUGGUGGAAUUUGCCCCGGUUGGCCAAGAGGUGGCAAAGAUUAUGCUUAUGGAUGGAGAUUAAACUGUAAAAUUAAAAUUAAUUGCGAAUCUAAAGUUUAUAAACGAGAAAUACAUACUAAAAAAGGAAUCGUGCGAAGAUUUGAGCGAGUUGCAUAG